GCUUUGCCCGGAAAAAGCCUCCUCCAGGUGGGGAGGAGAGCAGAGAGCAGCCAGGUGAGGCUUAUUCUACUGUAGCCUCCAGUCAGUCAGAGAGACAAAGAGAACAGGAACACAGAAGCUUUCACUUUAACAACACAGCUUUUUAAUCAGCAUGUCUUUGACGCAGGAAUCCGUCCUGUCGGUGCUGCUAGCGGAGGGAGGCAAAGUGAAGAAAUCCGACCUGGUGGGUAAAUUCAAAGCUUCAGUCGACUGCGACGAUCCGGCAGAGAAAGAACGGAACCGGGAGCUCUUCAAGACUUUUGUCAACAACGUCGCCUUCGUGAAAGAGAUCGAGGGUGUCCGGUACGUCGUGGUGAGGAAAGCCUGUCAGCAUGUGGUGGUGGACGGUGGUCACGAGACUGUGGAGAAGACUGGAAACACACAGACAGGUGAGCAGCAGCAGCAGUCACCUGAGCUGACUAGAAGCUGUGGUGGUGAUGAUGAUGAUGAUGCAGGAGGUCAGAGGUCAGCUGAUCCAGAUCAAGAGCACACAGACAGUAGUGAAAGUCCUACACUGUCUCCGAUACAGCUGGCGUUGCAAAGGAGCAAAUACAAGGAAGGUAGCGUUAAAAGGGCGAUGACUUUUGACAUCCGAAAUGGAGAUACCUUCUCGAGAAAUGAGCCCGCCAGGAAACCGUACGCCUUACCUUUGAGGAUGCCACCCAGCGCCACCACCGCCACCACCACCACCAGGGUGGAGAUCUGCAAACUCAAGGUGGACCCAGAUGACCCCCCUCCUGAAAGCCCUAACUCUUUCAGGAACAAGAGGAGACCCCCUUGUUCAGCGGAGACCAGCUCGCCCCAGCUGAGAAGGUCAGUGAAGAGCACCAAGGCUGCGUCUGAGGCCUCCGCCUCCUCCUCCUCCUCCUCCUCUUCCUCCUACUCGGUCCCCCUGGAGCAGUCGGAGCACGAAUGGCUGGUCAAGUGUGCCGCCGGCCACUGGAGCCAAGCGUACGGCCUGCUGCUGAGAGACAACCAGCUGGCCGAGAAGAGGGACUUCAUGUCGGGGUUCACCGCUCUUCACUGGGCGGCCAAGUGCGGAAACAGCGACAUGCUCGUGAAGAUCAUCGACCUGUCCAGACAAGGAGGAGUUGACAUCGAUGUGAACGCGAAAACACACGGCGGGUACACUCCUCUGCACAUCGCCGCCUUGCACGACCAGGAGGGCAUCAUGGCCUUGCUGGUGGGGGAGCAUGGCGCCGACCCGAGCGUCAGGGACAACGGCGGGAAGAAGGCCUACCACUACAUGCGCGAAGGUGUUUCUGAGACGCUGAGAGAGAUGUUGGGGGAACCCAAAGCCCGGGAGGUUCAGGAGGAUAGAGUCCUGGAGGAAAAGGAGGAGCUGGACCUGUUACCAGAUCUGUCCAAGGGGCUGUACUCAAUAAGCCGUCUCUUCCAGCCACACGUGGCGGGGAAGAGUAAGAAGCACAAGCAGAGGCCGGCAUUUUACUCCCUGAGCGACGACCCCGUAGAGGAACAAGAAGACAACAGCAGCAGCUUCAGACACAGAGUCCUAUCAGAUAUUUUUAUGUAAACUCACAACUCUUCCUCGUCUUCAUGAGAGAAUUUGACUGACAUUUCUCUUUUCAACAGUGACAAAAACUCUUAAAGCAAUCAGUGACUCCUUUCUUGUUUGAUUUUGUGAUUUGGCAGAUGACACAAACGAUGAUCACCAACAAGACUUAAAUUCAUGAUGGCAUCAGGAGACACCGUCUGCUUCUGGUUGAUUGAUUCUGAGUUAGAGACAUUAGGAGUUUUUGGUUUGAGAUGUUACCUGUAUGAGUGGAGUUUACAGGUAAAUAAAACAUGAUUCAGAGAAUA